AUGGAGGAACAGAGGGAGGAAAGCGAUUUCGUUGGUGAUUGCAGAGAGCCCAUGGAGGAAACUGGUAAGGGGCUAGGUUUAUCUUCUGAAGCUGAAACCCUAGAUGGUGAAUUUGAUAUUCAGGAGUUAGAGUCUUGUAUUGAAGAUGCCAACGCGAUUCAGGUUUCGGGUUUAGGUGUUUGCGAUGUUAGUGUGACAGCUGAAAACCCAGAUGAUGGAGGCUCAGCUUCUGAAGAUGACAAUUCGAAUGAUUCGGAUGAGGUGGAGUGUGAAGGAGAUGCUGCUGUUGAGGUGGAGCCGAUAGAUGAGAUUGAGGGCUCUGAGCUUUGCAAUGAGACGGUUAAAUUAGUUGAGGUUGUUGAGAGUGAAAAUGGUGGAAGUCAUGAAAUUGCAGGAGAAGAGAAGAGUGCAAUCUCUGGUGGGAAUGAGAAGGAGAUAUGUGAAAUUGAAGAUAAUGGCGAUGCCGAACAAAAUGUUCAAACUGAGAAGUCGCAGCAAAGUUUAGCUGGUGGUGAGAUGCUUUCUGCUGCAGAAAAUGAAGCUGACCAAGGAAAGGAAUCAACAGAGAGAAGUGAGGAGGUUGUUGAUAGCGAGCAAGAAGAGAAGGAAGAGAAAGUGGGUCUUUCUUACAAUGAGCAGGGAAGUUCAGGAUGCGAGACAGCAGAUGCUAAGCAUUCAGAAUCUGCACAAGUUCCAGAGGAGCCUGCUGAGUUAAGCAAUGGGGAAUCGAACGAAGAAAACGGAGAAGGUAUGGAAAUCGAUUAUGCUGCAGAGGAACAGGUGGGAGAUGAUGUUGAAGUAGGUGGCGCUUUGGAUAAUGGUGUAAAUGAAUCUGCUGGUGCCACUGUGGUACAAAUCCAAGUUGAAGCUGACGAGAAUGAUUCCAGUGUAGUAAAUGAGAUGGAAAUUGAUGAAGAAAAAGAGAAUGUUGGUAUGGCAACUGAUCUUACUGACCCAAACAGUCCCUCUGAAGAUGCUGCUACAGGAAAUAUACAAGACCUUAAAACCGAAACGAAUGUAUCUCUGAAAGAGGAUAAGAAAGCAAUAGAUUUGCCAGAGGAAGUUGCCACAGUGGAUUGUAAGGAGGCCCUUAAAUCUGGUGAUGCAACAGUAAAUGCUGAAUCCCAUGAUAAUCUAAGCUUAAGCGCUGAAGGUAUUCAAAAUGAAGAAUCUCCAGCUGCUGCUACAGAGUGUCCAAGAGAGGCUUCUGAUGCAAUUAUGGAAUCUGAUGAAAACCAAGAAGAGAAGGUUCAUGAAGGCUUAGAUCAACAAGAUGCUAUGAGAGAGGAAGAUGACACUACUCAUGAAGCUCCAAGUAUCGAGCCAAACCAAAAGGGAGAUACAGAAAUGGAAGAAAAUCCUGACAAUUCUGAUUAUGGUGAUGAUGGAACCGACUCUGAUAUUAAAACCAAUGGUGUGAAACGAAAGGCUGAUGUCCUGAGUGAGGAUUCACCAGAUGAAGGUAGGAAGACUGUUUCAGUUGCGAAGGUGUCGUUUGCCCACAGGCCGUCCUUUAAGAUCGGUGCAGGCAUAGCCAGAGCUGCAAGCCAGAUGGCAGGAUCUCCUUCAGUUUUGAAGGGUGGUAACAUUGGUGAAGAAACUCUUUCUGUUGAGAGUUUCGUAUCCCAGCUUCACUGUGCAGCAACAGACCCUGUAAAAGAGAACGUUGUAUCUGAAAGUGCUGCUGGCUUUUUCUUAGAAUUCCGGAACUCAUCAGCUUCGCAGGAAGCUGCCCCAGAAAAGGUCGGCGGUAGAAGAGGAAGACCUUCCAAUUCGAAUGCAGGAGGAACCGAGGCAUUUGAGUUUGAGGAAAUGGGCGACACAUACUGGACUGACAGGGUGAUCCAUAAUGGUGGUGAAGAGCAAACGCCAGCUACCGAGAAAGGAGACUAUCAAGUUGUGCCAGUUGAGUUGAAACCUGCUCAGGUCAAAAGGACUCGCCGACCAUACAAAAGACGGCAGUCUCAGAUCAGUAUUCCUCUUCCUUCAGCCUCAGACAAACCGGCUGACUUUGAUGAGAAUGCACCAGCUGAGCUUAUCAUGAACUUUUCUGAAACGGAUACAAUACCUUCUGAGAAGAGCCUGAGUAAAAUGUUCAGGCAUUUUGGACCAAUAAGGGAGUCGCUGACUGAAGUUGACCAAGAGAAUAACCGGGCUAGAGUAGUUUAUAGGAAGGGUACCGAUGCUGAAGUUGCUUACAACAGCGCAGGAAGGUUCAGUAUCUUUGGGGCGAAGGCUGUGAAUUACGAGCUCAGAUACACAAUAACCGAAGCAUUCAAAGUUCAGCCUUAUGUUGUGUCUUUAGGGGAGGAGGAUGCAGCAUUAUGUCUUCCAUCCUAG